UCUUUCGUCAGAAUCCCAAACCGAGUUUUCUCUCCGCGAACUCCAUCAAAAAGGCGAAACCCUAGACCUUGAUUCCAUUAAACUCUGCUUCUAAUCUUUCAAUUUCUCUCUUUGGUGUCAUCUCUCUACUCGAGUCCGCUUGUAAUCUCGCUUCAAAAAGGAGUCUUGGAGAGAUUUGAAGUCCCAGUGCUGAUCAGGAGCCUCGUCUCCCAUCCACGCCCAUCCGAUUCGGUUCACCAGGUCAUUCAUUGUGUUUAAGUGUUGGAUGAUUGGUGCACAGAAUUCAGCAGAGGAUAUUAUUCUUAUAGGAUGAAAAUUUCAGAGAACAUGGAGAAAUCAGUGGUCCCUGUUGCUGGUUCUCAGAAUGAGGAUUUUAAUUUUGCUGUUGGACAACAGUUCCCUGACGUCAAGACUUUCCGAAGGACAAUAAAAGAGGCUGCUAUUGCACAACACUUUGAGCUUAAAAUUAUAAAGAGUGACUUGAUUCGUUACUUUGCUAGGUGUGCUAAAGAAGAUUGUCCAUGGCGCAUACGUGCUGUAAAGCUUCCGGAUUCUCCUACCUUCACUAUAAGGAGCAUCGAGGGGACGCAUACUUGUGGGAAAGAUGCACAGCUUGGUCAUCACCAGGCAUCGGUUGAUUGGAUAGUUAACUUGAUAGAGGAGAGGUUAAGGGACAAUGUGAAUUACAAACCAAAAGACAUCCUGCAAGACAUUCAGAAACAAUAUGGUAUCACUAUACCAUACAAACAAGCUUGGAGAGCGAAAGAACGGGGACUUGCCGCUAUAUAUGGAUCUUCAGAGGAAGGUUAUGGUCUGCUUCCUGCAUACUGUGAACAGAUAAAGCAAAGCAACCCGGGAAGUGUUGCUCAAGUAUUUACUACUGGGUUGGAUCAUCGUUUCCAGCGGCUUUUUGUUUCUUUCAAUGCGUCGAUACAUGGUUUUCUGAAUGGAUGUUUACCAAUUAUCAGCAUUGGUGGGUUUGAACUAAAGAGCAAGUAUCUUGGUACUUUAAUGUCUGUGACAUCAUUCGAUGCUGAUGGUGGGUUGUUUCCAGUUGCUUUUGGUAUCGUUGAUGUGGAAUCAGAUGAAAAUUGGAUGUGGUUUUUAUCGGAGUUCCAUAAGCUACUUGAAGGUAGCACUGAGAGAAUGCCUCAACUUACAAUUUUAACAGAUGGGCGAAAGAACAUUGCAGAUGCAGUGAAGAGAAAGUUCUCUACCGCACACCAUGGGGUAUGUGUGCGCCAUUUAGCUGAAAGCAUUGGCAAAGAGUUCAAAAACACGAGGCUCACCCAUCUUCUCUGGAAGGCAGCUUAUUCUAUUACCACUGGUGGCUUCAGAGAACGAAUGGCGGAGAUCGAAGAAGUAUGUGUGGAUGCAGCAAGAUGGAUCGAACAAUUUCCACCAUCACAGUGGGCUUUAGUGUAUUUUGAAGGUUCACGGUUUGGUCAUCUUUCUUCAAACAUUGAUGAAUUUAACAGAUGGAUCCUUGAUGCUUGGGAGCUUCCUAUAAUUCAAGUCAUUGAGCGCAUUCAUAAUAAACUGAUGGCCGAGUUUGAUGAACGUCGAGAAAAGAGUAUGGCAUGGACAAUGAUACUUGCUCCAUCCGCAGAUAAGCUGUUCUCUGAAGCUGCGCAUUGUGCUGGUGUCUAUCAAGUUCUUCGUUCCGAUGAUGUUGAAUUCGAGGUUUUAUCUGUUGACCAUUCUAACAUAGUAAACAUCGGCACUCGGUCAUGUUCAUGUCGAAACUGGCAGUUACAUGGAAUACCUUGCUCACAUGCUAUUGCGGCCCUGUUAUCAUGUCGGAAAAAUGUAUAUGAAUACACAGAAAAGCAUUUCACCGUCACCAACUACCGUGAGGCAUAUUCUCAUGUGUUGCACCCAAUCCCAGAUAAAAGCGAAUGGAACAAGAUGAAUGAAGGUGCCACCGAAGAUGAGACCAGGAUUGUCCGCCCACCAAAGUUUCGUCGACCACCAGGACGGCCUGAAAAGAAAAGAAACUGCCUCGAGGAGUCGAACCGAGAAAAACAUACUGUGCAUUGCAGCCGUUGCAACCAAACUGGACAUUACAAGAGAACAUGCAAAGCAGAGAUUGUCCAGAGAAUAGAACUUUGAGAUCUUUAUAGUUUUCUUUAGAUCAAUCUCUUCAUUUGUAAUAUAUUAGUUGAGAUUUUCCCAGCUGUUUCUCAGUGUAUCUUCUUUCAUCUUUAUAUAAAUGAUCACAUUUGCAAAUUGAACUUCUUUUACAA